UAGUUCAGUCGCGUUUUUUAGUGAGAGUGGACGGGUGUCAUUGUUUUUUUUUUAGUUCGCUCCUCCGUUUGCAGGUGCUUCGCGUUUUAUGGCCCGCUCUUAAUCUUAUCGCAAAUCAAACCGCGGCCAAUGAGCAUUGUAAUUGCACUUCUUGGCUAACGGUAAGGGCAUUUCACAUUGGCCCAACACUUGUGAUUUACGGGACUUGCACCAAAAUCCGCAAUCCGCACUCCGAAUUCAAAUUCAAAUUGAAUCAAAUCGAAUCGCAUCGCAUUGCAACGAAUUGAAUCCGCAAACAAGUAGUGGCCGAAAAAUGCCCGUGAAAACAGUGAAUCGCCAGCAGAGCCAAACGCCCGCCCAACAACUGCAAUUGCAACAGCAGCGGGACGUCGAGAAUGGCCUCUAUCCCACGAUUCCGCCUGAGCGUCGAUCUCCCCCCUCGCGUCCACAAACCCUGAGACAGGACACCAUCGAUAUGGAGGAAAUACCGCUCAACCAGACCAACAGCCAGGAGCCCGAGGAUCGUCGCAAAAUGCACGAGAUAUUCGACAAGCACGACUCUGACAGGGAUGGGCUGAUCAACACGCACGAGCUUAAGGAACUGAUCUCUGAUGGCUAUUGCCGGGACAUUCCCGCCUACAUCGCCGACCAGAUACUGAAGCGCAGCGACCAGGACAACGAUGGCCACCUGGACUUCGAUGAGUUCUAUGCGAUGUCCCUGCACCACAAGUGGAUGGUGCGCAACAUGCUGACCCGCUACUGCCGCUACGUGGUGCCGCCGCCGAAGCCCUUGGAAGGUGAUGAACCCGACGGGGCCUACGAGAAGCAAAUGUCCAUCUGCCCACCGCCGCUCACCAUGGUGCUCUUCUCGAUCAUCGAGAUCAUCAUGUUCCUCGUGGACGUCAUUCAUUUCCAGGACGAUCCCAACUACCAGGAUCGCAUUGGCGAGAGCACAAGUGGACCGGCGGCCACCCUGUUCAUCUACAAUCCGUACAAGCGCUAUGAGGGAUGGCGCUUUGUGAGCUACAUGUUCGUCCACGUGGGCAUCAUGCAUCUGAUGAUGAAUCUGAUUAUCCAGAUCUUUCUGGGCAUCGCCCUGGAACUGGUGCAUCACUGGUGGCGCGUGGGUCUCGUCUACCUGGCUGGCGUGUUAGCUGGUUCCAUGGGCACGUCGCUCACCAGUCCUCGCAUCUUUCUGGCUGGCGCAUCGGGUGGAGUAUACGCACUGAUCACAGCUCACAUUGCCACGAUUAUUAUGAACUACUCGGAAAUGGAGUACGCCAUUGUUCAGCUGCUGGCCUUCCUGGUUUUCUGUUUCACCGAUUUGGGUACCUCGGUGUACCGCCACUUGACCGACCAGCACGACCAGAUUGGCUAUGUGGCGCAUUUGUCCGGUGCCGUGGCCGGAUUGCUGGUGGGGAUCGGGGUGCUGCGCAAUUUGGAGGUGCGACGCUGGGAGCGCAUACUCUGGUGGGUGGCUGUCAUCGUUUACUUUGCCCUCAUGACCACUGGUAUUAUCAUUCACGUAUUUGUGCCCGACUACUUCCCGAAACAGGAGUACAACUAGCCCUAGAACUUAGCCCUAGCCCUAGCCUAGACCAUGUCCAAAGUGCACUUCGAUAUUGAGCCGAGGUUGCAGUACGCACAGUACUAACUAUAGGUUUCCCCUACCAACUCCGAGCAUGUGCCUAUGCCAGCUGCAAACAUAAUUUAUUUUCUUACACCUUGCCAUGUCAGCUUCAUCCCAUCCGUACGUAUUACACACAUGAUGUACGUAUUUUGAUAUAUUUAUAUAUGUAUACACGUAUUCUCGAUCCACAUGACGCGACACAACGAAAUGUCAACGGAGAACAAAACUCAGCGCGCAUUUGUAUUAUACAUUUCGUAAAUUUUUUUUUUUCACAAAGCAACGAUUGCUUGUCAAGAAUAACGAGAAAGAUUUUUAUACAAAGUGUACUGUAUAUUUUUGGAGAUUUAUUAUUAAGAUCUAAUGUUUAAAUGCAAUAAAAACGAUGCCUUUGUACGGAGAAA